GGGUAGACGGGGACGGGAUGGGUUGGUGGGUUCACACAUUGAAGCCCCCACAGCUGUCCAGUCCAGGACAGGGGAGGUAGAGAGUAAAGAGGGGCUCCUCUCAGCAGCUCAGAGGACACUACAGAGAGUGUUGAGAGGGGGAGCUACCAGCCACAGGUGAAGAGCACAGCACACGGGCCUCUGGUGGAGAAAGCAGCUGCUCCUCUGAAGAUGAAGGAGACAUUCAGUGUGAGAUUCUGGAGAAGCAGAGGGAUGAGGCCAAUCAGAAGCUAUCUGAGAUGGAGGAAGUAUCCUCUCAGCUGUUGAAGGAGAUGGAAGUUUUGGAGAUGCAGUUCCAGAUCGAACGCUCAUGCAGGGAGAGUGCAGAGGCCCUUGCUGUCAAGGUGACCAAAGACAACAAGGUUCUGAAGAGGAGGAGCCAGGCUCUGCUGCCAUUCAUCCCAGAGCUUCCUGAAAACAUGGAGGCUGACCUUGGGGUCGAUCCCGACCCUGAUGGGGACAGCGGUGAGGAUGCCGUGCUGCUAGGACAGGCCCAGAUAAGAGAGCUGCAGGCCUCGGUGGACCAGCUGCUGGGGGAGAAGCUGCGGCUGUUUGAGCAGGUGGAGGCCCUGAGGGCAGAGCAGAGCCAGCUCAAAGAACAGCUGGCUCUGGAGAUUGAUGAGAAAGAGGCCAUACUGAAGAAACUGUCCAAACAGAACAAGACCAUGAAUAAGAUGAAGAGAGUGUCCCAGCUUGUGACAGAGGAUUUCACAGAGAUCACUCAGAAACUGGAGCUGGAGCAGGGCCUCAGACAGCACGCAGAGGUCUUCGCCCACCAGGUGUUGGUGAAGCAGAAGGAGACCCAGCGACAGAGCAUGAUGCUGCAGCAGAGUUCAGAGACCAGUCUCCAGCUCCAACAGGCUCUGGAACAGGUGGCCCACAUCAACAGUACCCUACAGGACAUACAGCUCUACUACCGAAACCAGCUGAAGCAAACCCAGUGUGCUCUGGAGGAGAGCAGUGUUCUGUCUGAGCUGCAGCUUGUCAAAGGCCAGCUGGAGAGCAGUGAGAAGGAGAGGAGGACCAUGGAGACCCAGCUGAGGGAGGCGCAGAUCACUGCCACCCACCUCCAGGGAGAAGUGAAACAACUCCAGGAUAGGCUGAAAGACACAGAGAAAGACCGGGUUUCCAAAGCUGACCAACCAGUGGAGGACAACUCAACCACUGCACCUCCUAUUCCUCCUCCUCCUCCUCCUCCUCCUCCUCUUCCUCCCCUGCCCCCACCUCCCUCCAGCACUGCUGUUGAUCCACUUGUCGUCCUGCGCAACAAGAGGAAGGAGUCAGUCAACAACACUGAUAAGAAUAAGCCAGAUCCUUCUGUGGACAUGAAGACCCGAGCGGUGGAUGAGAUGAUGGAGAGGAUAAAGAAAGGCAUUGUCCUGAAACCCACCCUGAGACCACAGGCUGGAUCAGAAGAUGACAGUGCCUGGAGAGACCAGAGGAGUGAGAAGAGAAAGUCAGCCGUGCUGGAACUAAAAGUAAUGCUGGACACCAUGAAACGCCCGGGCCACAGGAGGGCGGGGUCACGGAAGAGGAUUAGCCGAAACGUAGGGGAGGCGGAGCUACAUCUGGUACUACAGAGGAGGAGGCGGGCCAUGGGGGACGGACAGGACACCCCCGGCCCCUCCUCAACCCCCUCCCCAGCCCCUCCCUCCAUCAAAAUACAAGGUCCCCAGCCGGGUGGCCCAGUAGCAGGUGCCCUUCCCUGGGCAGGAGAGCAUGGCAGCACCCCCGUGCUCCGGAGGCUCAAGCAGAACAGAGAGAAGAGGAACUCUCGUAUCAGAGCAUCAGAACUGAUCAUCUGCCAGGAGGAGAUCUGAGACUUGGGGAAAGGGAUGAUUAGUGUUAGGAUACUGUACAACAGUGUUUCUCAAACCUCUCCUGGUGUACCCCCAGCCAGUCAACUGAUUUGAUGUAUUCCAGAACAAGCACAGCUGAUGUAAAUGCUGUCAAGCCUCUAAUCAUUAAGCCCCUCAUUAGUUAAAUCAGCUGGCUAGUUCUGGAAUACAUCAAAUGUGUGGACUGGCUGGGGGUACUGAAGGAGAGGUUUUGGGAACACUGUUGUACCACAAUCAUACAGAUAUACUGUAUAUUAUGAACUGGGUGGUUUGAGCUCUGAAUGCUGAUUGGCUGACAGCCGUGGUAUAUCAGACU